AUGGGAAAGAGAAAAACUUUUCUGACGAUUGAAGCAAUUGUGACGUUAACUCAAAAAUAUGUUGCCAACGAAUGUACGAUGCUUCCAUUAAAUAGGAUCACGGACGAUGAAUUGAUUCAUCACAUGUCAUAUUUCUAUUUGACCAGCAGAAAUGACUCUCAUUACUAUAACAACAAUCGCGCAUUAUCAAAUUCAUCUGUUGAAAGCAUGUUCGAAGCUCGACAAUUUGACGUCAUAGCACAUUCGAGUGAGGUCCAAUCUCCGAAUGAUUUUUCCCUUCUCAUCUUGACCUAG